UCAGAAAUGUUACUUUGCAUCCACACAAGCUUCUUGAGUUCACAGAAGGACAAUGCAAAUCGUCUCAAGGAACAAUGGACACAUUCAGUGAAACGCAGAGAGAUUCAAGCAUGUCUGAAACCACUGAAACUGCAGAGCACAUUUCAGAUGUCAAACCAGUAUCAACGAGGUCUUUGAGCCCAGCAGAGCUUCUGGAGGAACUGCUAGAUCUGCAGGGCGAAUCAGAGACAGAUGUGGCCAAGACCACUUUAGAGUAUUUAGAAGAAAUGACAAAUCAAGUCUUGAAGGAAAUGAUAGAAACAGAGUGUAACUUGGUGCAAAAAACAGAACCUUUGGUAGGACUUUCAACAGAAGAACCUGGUGAUGCAGAACAUCAAGCACCUGCACAGUGUGUGUCAGAAGAUGCUUCUGUCCUGGAAGAAGAACAGACGUUAUUAGCUCAGACAGUGGACAGUAGGGUGGAAAUCGCAAGCAGUGAAAAACAUAUUAGUUCACCGGCGUGUGAAAGCACUGAAGCUGAUGGACGUCAUGAGCGGAUGCAGAAGUCCAUCGCUGGAGAAACAGUGUUGAGAAGUCAUGAGGACUUGAUGGAAGUUAGCAGACCUGGGAUGAAAAGAGGAUUUGAUCGAGUGAACAAAGACCUUCCAGAGGAGAAGAUGGAAAGAAAAUUUGAUCUAAUCCUGCAGGCUUUUGAGGACUCAUCUUUAGACUUCAGCGCUCAGAAGUCUAGAAUUGCUGUGAAGAAUCCACUCGUCCGGCCACCUAAAGACACCAGAAAGCUGCUCUUCAGAGCCUCGGUCGAACCUUCAGAUCUCCGUCAGACGACCCUGCUCUCCGCUCCAAACAAAUGCAUGAUUGGAUUUAAACUCCCAGGGCUGGGCUCGUGGCUGCCAGAAGCAGAGAGAACACCACAGACACAGCAAAAGUCAGUUGCAGUAACAGAGGACUCAGCUAAACCCAAAUGGACACCGCCUAGGCAUCCUGGCAUGGGGAGCCCCUUCAUGAUGGCAGAACUCAAAAACAAACUCAAGAAGCCAGUCCAGGAAUAAUAUUUCAUUACAUCAUGAUUUUCAGAUGCCUUUUUUUUUUUUUUUUUUGUCUUAAUCAAGCACUAUGCAGCCUGGAAAAUAACUUCUACUGCAGCACAGCAAUUCAUUUUACUUCCACUAUUUUGUUUGCUUGGGACAAAAUGAAAAUCUAAGCUGCAAACACACAUUUCUCAUGCAACAGUUUAACUGAGCUUAUCAGCAUUUAUACUAUGUCUGUAUUUACUUAUAUAAAAAAAGAGGAAAAUUAUUACAAACUAAAUAUUAAUAAACAUUUUUGCACUUUUUUGCAGAACUUAAACUCUCUGUGACUGUAGUUCAGCAGUCAUAGCCAAUAUGUAUCACUAGGGAGCAGCAGAGAGUCUCUGCUGUUGUUUUGUCUCUGAAGAGCAUGAGUCAGUGGCUGUCAUUUGUAUCAUAUUUAAUAGUAAUUUAUUGCUAUUUGUUAUUUUUAUAUUGUACUUUUUUUCGUCAUCACUUGCUCUGUGUAUACGUAUUUGAAAAAUAUUGUAUGUAAACAAUCAUGGCAAUAAAUACUUGGGAUAGAAUGUA